AUGAGUCUGAAGCCUCUAGUGGAGGUAGAGGUGAGUCUGAAGCCUCUAGUGGAGGUAGAGGUGAGUCUGAAGCCUCUAGUGGAGGUAGAGGUGAGUCUGAAGCCUCUAGUGGAGGUAGAGGUGAGUCUGAAGCCUCUAGUGGAGGUAGAGGUGAGUCUGAAGCCUCUGGAGGAGGUAGAGGUGAGUCUGAAGCCUCUGGAGGAGGUAGAGGUGAGUCUGAAGCCUCUGGAGGAGGUAGAGAAUGAGGUUAAUGAAGACUUAGAGGCAGAGCUUGACAGGCGUGAGGAAAAACUUGACAGGAGUGAAGAAAAACUUGACAGGCGUGAAGGAAAACUUGACAGGGGUGAAGAAAAACUUGACAGGGGUGAAGGAAAACUUGACAGGAGUGAAGGAAAACUUGACAGGAGUGAAGGAAAACUUGACAGGAGUGUAGGAAAACUUGACAGAAAUGAAGAAAAACUUUACAGGAGUGAAGAAAAACUUUACAGGAGUGAAGAAAAACUUGACAGGAGUGAAGAAAAACUUGACAGAAGUGAAGAAAAACUUGGCAGGAGUGAAGGAAAACUUGACAGGAGUGAAGAAAAACUUGACAGGAGUUUAGGAAAACUUGACAGAAGAAAAACUUGA